UAAUUUCUGCGAAAGAGAAACCCUGGGGGUUAUGUGGAGCUUCACUGUGGCGUCGAAGCGACACUAGAGGUCGAUCCGAGACAGGGAUGCAGAGAAAAGAAGACAUAAACGAGUGCAUUGUGUUAAAUUGCAGAACAGGCUUCUCAGCAGUAAAAUAUGGCACAAGGUAAAUUAAAUGUAACCUUGGCCACUGGUGUUGUAGGGUGGAACACAACAGUGAAUGGCCAGUUGGUAAUUGAACUUGCCAAACAUCCAAAAGUGAAGGUGACUGGACUUGUGCCAAGCAGCACCCAGGAACAGAAAGAACAGGCCAAAAAGUUAAAUGUUGAACUUGUUGACGCCAAAGAGCGCGCUGGAUUUUCACCAGAAGAACGGCUGUCUUUCCCUCCAGACAAUCUUGAAAUUGACAUUUUGAUUAUACAUUCGUAUGGGCUUCAUGAAGGUAAACAUGCACAGAACAUCAAAGAAGUUAAGAACUGUAAAUGGCUUCACAUCAUUCAUACCAACAGUGAAGAACUGGCUAAAUUUAUGGACAUUCCCAUGAAAGAUGAACAGAAGAAGGAGUAUGAACUGCAACUUACAUUGUGUAACAUGGCAGAUGCUGUGAUUGCAGUUGGCCCCAAAGUAGCUGAUGCCUUCAGAUCUGCACUGCGUUAUGGUGGAAAGAGCAAGGAUGUCAUUAAUUUAACUCCAGGCAUCAUCUAUGAAAUGCGAGAUAUUCGGCUACACCACCAACCUGAGGAAAUCUUCCGCAUCUUGAUCAGUGCAACAUAUUUUGCCAAGUAUUACAAAGUAAAAGGGCUUGACAUUGCCGCUAAAGCAAUCUCACUCUUGCAAGAGGUAGAUUGCUAUCUGAUAUUUCUUGUCACCCCAAAUGAGGACACAGAAGUCCUCAGUAAGCGACUCCAUGAGGAAGGGAUUGACCUGAACCAGUUUGCUGUUCGACAUUUUCAAAAUAGCCUGGAGAACUGGAAGCAGCUUCUGUGUGAAGUGAAUCUUAUCAUUAUGCCUUCACGAACGGAGGGUUUUGGGACAAGCAGCCUCCGUGCUAUUUCUGCAGACCUUCCAGUUCUUGUCAGCCAGAAUUGUGGUCUUGGAAUGGCUCUGAAGAAAUUACCCUCGGGAGGAAAACAUGUAGUUAAAUCGAAUGAUCCCAAAGUAUGGUCAGAAAGGAUAAAGGGAGUCCUAGAAAAUAACCCAGAAGAUCAGUUGUCAGAAUCAAAGCAGCUUCGCCAAGAGUAUGAAGAAAAAUACAGCUGGGAGAAACAAUGUGAUGAUCUUGUUGAAAGUAUGCUUACAAUGUUUCCAAGCAAACAAGAACAUUUCAAACAAAGUGUUGAGCACAGUGAGGAGUUUGAAGAAGAGAGGGGCCAGUAUCCAGAAGUCCAGCAAUAUGAAACCGAGAGAAUGGUGUAUGAGGAGAGAAUGCCCCAGAAUGUCAACCUCAGAAGCCAGAAGCUGAGGCCUGCAACAGAAACUGAGAGAAAAGCUUCUAAUGAGGAGAGAGUUGAUGCUGUCCAGAAAGGGACCCAGGAAUUGAGCCUUGAUCAAAGAAAGAUUAAAAAUGAGAGAAGGGAUAACAAGAGAAAGGUUGAAACUGUCCAGGGUAGGACCCAGGAGGUGGGCCAUAUGCAUAUUGCCGUAGCAAAGGACGUGAAUGGUGGAUUUGAUCAGGUGGAUAGUGUAAGAGCAGCAUUGGAUGGUGUUAAUGAUAAUAAUGCAAACAAGGAUCAGACACCUCAGCCUGUCAAAGCUAAAGACAUUCCUUAUGCUAUUUUGAGUAAAGUCUGCAUGAAACUAAACAUAAAGGAUGACUUGUCGUUCAAAGAUUUCCGCCUGCUUGGAGAGAAAAUGGGAUUUGAUAAAGAUUUUACAAAAGUUUUAGAACAGAAAAACAAUCCUACUUAUGAACUUUUUCAAUUGUGGCAUGCAAAUCCUGAUUCAACUGUGGAAUGGCUCAUAAUGAUACUCAAAGAUGAUGAAAUGGGAAGAUGGGAUGUUGCAACCAUUUUAGAAGACUGGUUGAAAACAAAAAAUAAGUAACUAGUUAGAAAGACUGAAUGAUGUAUAGUAUUAGAGUGGUUUGGUGGGAAGAAGGAAGUUUUUCUAGUGUUAUGUACUGUAGAUAAACUCAACUUAAAAGUCUUAUGAUUGACAUUUUGAAAUAUAUUCGGUUGCACAAGUAAUGUGAAGGGUGUUCUCUAUGGGUAAAUUAUCAAACUUAAUCAGAAAAUGUAAAAAUAUCAAGAUAAAAGGUACAAAAAUAGGAAAGAUUACAGGACAAAAACUGUUUUUAAUUACUUGUGGUGGAGUAGGAAAAGACUGAUAAGCAGUGUUGUACAAACUUUUAGAUUUCAAAUUUAGAAUUUGAGUCUUUUUGCAGUAAGUCAUUAAUCAUGCAUAGGGUGACUUUGAGCACACAUGAAAGUUCUUAUAAAUCUGAUAAUUAAGUUCAUGGGAAUUGAAAAGCACAACUAUGCAGGGCUCAACACUAACAGUAGCCCACUAGCCACAGACUAGUAGAAAUUCAGUUUUGGCUUGUGGUUUUUUAUUUCCACAAGCCAGUUUGGCUAGUAAACAAACUGAAAUUGUUGUAAUAUCUGAUCUGUCACAAGCCUGAAUAUGAAUGAAUAUAGUUUAUAUCUGACCACUUGCAGCCCACAGGCUGAAUUACAGGUGCAGUGUAAGGUUGAGAACAGA